AUGCGCGAAGCUGCCGAGGACACGAUUUUGCAAGUGCCUAACCCGAUCGGCCAAGGUGGAUUCACGUCUCUCAAUGUCGACAUGAUUGGAAUGCAAUAUAACCCUCGCCACUUCGAAGACCCUGCAGAGUUCCGUCCUUCGAGGUGGUACGGUCUGCCGACUGACUCGGAGGCGUUUACCGCGUUCAGCGUGGGGACGCGAGCGUGCAUUGGUCGUCGAUUUGCCACAAUCGAGGCAACGUGCUUUCUCGCUAUGCUCCUACGCGACUGGCGGGUCAAACCGUUACUGAGUGAAGGAGAGACCACAUCAGAGUGGAGAAAGAGAGUGCUGGACGGACACAUCGCGUUGACGCUUGCCGCUCACGAUAUUCCGCUGACUUUGGAGAGGAGACGCUGA